CACGAGGCACAGAAAGCAUGUUUUCCAAGAUGGUGGAUUUUAAGCAUGAUGUUUUUGUAUCUAGUGCUCUGGAGAGUGACACAGUUACAUUCUCAUUAUGGAGCUUACAGACUGGGACGUUGCUUAAAAAUUACAAAGGUGUACAGGGCUGCUACUGUUUAACACCAGCUGGCACUGAUCAUGUUCUUACAACACAGGAAAAUAAGCAAGUCAUAUCCGUGUGGGAUUGGAGAAAGGAGCAGUCACAAAAGAGAAUAGUUUGCCCUGAUAAAGUUACUGCAAUAUGCUGUUCCCCCGAUGGAAAUUACUGUGUGGUUGGCUUGCAAGAGAAGAUAUUUGUAUGGCAGAUGGCAACAGGAAAUUUAAUGAAAGUAUUAUCCAAGCAUUAUCAGAAUGUGACAUCUUUAAAGUUUACUGAUUAUGGGGGUUUCUUUGUAUCUGCUGGAGAUGACAACUUAGUUAUGGUUUGGAGUUUGUCAAGUGUGUUGUCAGUAGGAACUAAUUCAAGAGGGAUGGUAGAAGAUGUAAAACCAGUUCAUACUUUUUCCCACCAUUCCCUCCCAAUAAAAGAUCUGUACCUGACAUGUGGUGGUAUACAUGGACGAUUAGUUACUUGCUCCUUGGACCAAACAUGCAAGGUAUAUGAUUUGUCAUCUGGCCAGCAAAUAUGCUCCUUUCUCUUUGAUACUGGGUUGUCUGCAGUAACAAUGGACCCUGCAGAGACACUGAUAGUUGUUGGUGGAAUCAAUGGAAAAAUUCAUGUUAUCAAUAUAUCUAGAAUGAAGAUGCAAAAAGAUCAAAAUGUUAUGAAUGAUGAAGAUGAAAGGCGUUUCUUUGGACACAGCAAAGAAAUAUCUGCAUUAUCAACAAAUUCGAAAGGAGAUACCUUGCUAUCUGGGUCAGCUGACCACACUGUUAGAAUGUGGCACAUUGAAAGUGGACAAUGCAUCAAGCAAAUAUAUUUAAAGGGUAAAGUAACAACUUUGAAAGUCCUUCAAUUGCCCGAUGGCAUAUUAAAUCAAACAUCAUCAAAGAACCUAUCACCAAUUAGUAACUUCAAAAGAAACCUUUUCCAGCCAAGCCUUGACUCAUUUGAUACUGACGAUGUGAUCCCAGUUGUGUUGAAAGAUAUUGAUAAGAGUUUCAAGAUUCCUUCUCAUAGUGAGAAAUUCAAUGAAGAUACAGAAAAUGACCAAGAAGACUCUUUAGUUAUGAGAGUCAUUCAUGAGAAAAUCAAAUCAAGAGAGAAGGAAGGGGAAUCAAAUAUGGGGAACUCGAAAAAAGUCGAGAAUACGAGCAAGGAUGAUCUUGUAGAACGUGUUAAACAACUGGAGGAUUUGGCACGAACUCUUUAUGGUUUUUCUACAGACAGAAUUCUCAACGAGAAAACGAAAGAACAAACCAAUACCAGCAUAGAUUGUUGCGUCAAGUGCUCCAUUGAGUAGUUUCCGCAUAUGCUGUCUCGCCCCUCUCUCUAUUAAGUGUUAAGGCUUAUUGUAGUCAAAACACCGAAAGUGAGAUUUUCGCUAGACAUAGCUUUCUUUGUGUUUUUGCUCCUGAGUUCUGGCCACAAUUAAAGGUAAAAUUCAAAAUUUUUAUAUUUUUCCUGUUUCUGUACUGUUUUUAUGGCACUUGAUGUGCAGUGAAAAUUAAGAAACUAUUAUGGAACUUUUGGUACUACAAUUUGAUGAUUUGAGGUCUACGAAUAAGGAACUUUUGAAACUAGGCCUUGAGGUAGGUUCCUUUAUCAAAAGGAAGCGUGUAUGUUUAUAGGAAAAUGUAUUUACAACGUAAGAGAAAAAUUUUGGAACCUAGUCAUCUAUCCAGAACAUGUUUCUAAAAGCAUUGGUAGAAUGUCAGUUGGUUUCUCUUUGCAAGGCCAAAAUAAUUAUACUACCAGGUCAGGCUUAAUGAUCCUAAUUGUUAACGCUUUUGAGAUCAAUUUUACUGAGCGUAAUUCAGCGAUGUACUUCGUUUCUUAACAAAAACAUAUGUAAAUUCUACUUUUAGUGUAUUUUUCAAAUGUAGUGUAUGAUGAAUUAACAAUAAGAUACUUGUUUUAUAUUGAAGUAGCGUUUUUAAUCUA